AUGCGGUUCUUUACCUUGGCGGUGUUUGUUAGCGCAUCCUUUGCUCAGACUAUCAACGUCGGUGGCAAGGACAUACCCGUCGACAAGUCUGCCAUUGCCCCAGCCAGUGAGGUCGUUUCCAGGAGUUCUUCCAAGGCCAAGGCCCCUCUCUUCCUUGAUGAGUCUACACAGCUCACCGAUAGGGUCCUCAACAACCUCACUUCCCUUGGACUCUCUCAUAUUGAAUUGUUCGAGUUCGAUAAUGACAAAGAAGAGACUAUCCACCGAAGAAGCCUCUUUGGUCAGUGCAAGACGGCUCCUGGAGACGACUACUUCCCCAGCGAUAAGCUCUGGGCAGUAUUCGACUACCUCCUCGGCGAUGCCCUUCAAAAGACAGUCCCAUAUGCCUCGGUCUGUUAUGAGGAUUCCGAGUUUGGCAACUACAACAAGGCCAAGUGUGAUUACCUCAUGAACAACUGGUUCAACAACUCCUACGUCCCAACUGAGGAUCCCACUGCUGUCAACGCCGUCUUGUAUCAGGGCCAGUCAUGUCUCCCCCCUUCCCUCUUUGCAUCUGCCAAGUCUUGCACUGUCGGUGGCUACCCUCUGUACACCGUUGAUGCUACAAAUGUUGCGCAUAUUCAGCUCGCUAUCAACCUAGCCCGCAGUCUGAACCUGCGUCUUGUCAUCAAGAACACAGGUCACGACUUUGGUGCCAAGUCUACCGGUUACGGUGCCUUGUCCAUCUGGACUCAUAACCUCAAGUCCAUCGAAGUCUAUGAGGAUUAUGAGGAGGGUGACUACAAGGGCCCUGCCGUCAAGGCUGGAGCUGGUGUCCAGGCCUACGAGGUCUAUGAGGCUGCUAAGGAGCAUGGUGUCACUCUCAUCGGCGGAGAAGGUCAGACCGUCGGUGUCAUGGGCGGCUUCAUCCAGGGUGGCGGCCACGGUCCUCUCUCUGGAAUCCACGGCAUGGCUUCCGACUCUGUUCUCUCCUUCGAGGUAGUCACUGCUGAUGGCCACCUCGUCACCGCCAGUGAGAGCUGCAACCCUGAUCUCUUCUGGGCCAUCCGUGGAGGAGGCGGUGGCACUUUUGGUGUAGUGACCUCUGCUGUUGUCAAGGCUCACCCCAAGGUCUCCGUCGCCACCUUGACCUUUGCCUUUGCCUCUGGCGUCGAUGGUCUCACUGACGAAGUCUUCUGGAAGGGUGUCAAGGCAUUCUGGGACCGCUUCCCCGAGUACGCCAAGGACAACGGCAACUACGAGUACUUCCUCAUCACCAAGACUGAGACUGGCUACAGCUUCUCCAUGCAGCCCUGGUUCGCUCCCAAGUUUACCGUGGAGAAGCUCAAGAAGCUUGUGGCCCCUCUAUUCGCCGACUUCAAGGAGCUUGGCAUCAGCACCAAGCCCGAGUAUGCCGAGUUUGACGAUUUCUACCCUGCUUGGCAGGCCUCGUUCCCUCUUGAGGGUUGGGGCAAUCCAGCCAUCCGCCAGGGAAGUCGCCUAUUCCCCGAGGAGAACUGGGCCGACGAGACCAUUAUCAGCAAGACAUUUGAUGCCAUCAAGGGCAGUAUUGAGGACUACGGCUGGUUCAUCGCCUUCAACGUUUAUGCUGGUCAUGAGGGCUAUCCUGACACAGCCGUCAACCCAGGCUGGCGAACAGCUCUCGUCCACGGUAUCGGUGCCGUCUUCUGGGAUGUGACUGCUGACGAGGAGACUAAGAAGAAUAUAUCCGACAGCCUGACCAACGACUACAUCCAGCGAUGGCGAGAUGUUACCCCUGGUGGUCACGCAUACUGCUCUGAGAGCGACUACAUCGAGCCCGAUUUCCAGCACUCGUUCUGGGGUAGCAACUGGGAGCGUCUGGUCGAGAUCAAGGAGAAGUGGGAUCCCUAUGAUGUCUUUUACGCCACCAACGGCGUUGGCUCAGACAAGUGGGAGCUCCAGGACAAGAUCUUUGGCAACUUGCCCAACCAGAACAGCAAACUUUGCCGAGUGUAA